AUUUCUACUCAAACGUCAUUUGUCUCUUAAAACAUUGUUGAUUUUACAUUAUAAUAUUUAGUAAUUUAAAUUUAAUAUAGCAUAAAUUGAUUAUUAGAGUACGAUAUUUUUUUAAGUUAAUCACAACGGUCAAGUUCACUAAUGAAUACAAUUUCUUACAUUUUCAUAAAAAAUAUCAUAGCAUAACCUCAAAUGACCUAUGCGAUUAAAGUUUAUUGAGGAAUUGUAUUGGUACAAGAAAUCCAAAUAUCUAUUAGUUCGUUUUAUUAUUAAUUAAUCAGUUAAUAUGAUGAAAAUGAACAUGUACUAAUACCAUAAGAUGUUCAGUUCGAGUAGUAAAGCAAAUCAAAGGUACAAUGGCAACUUGCCUUCCACAUUGGAUAGAACAAAAUUCAGUAACUCUUAUAACCACAGUAGAUCAGCAAAUAAAACACCAAGAAAAAACAUCAGAAACCAAAAUGGAAAUAAGUAUUAUCAGAAGGCUGCAUUGGAAAAUGAUACUAAAAAUUUUUUCAACAUUAAAACUGAAGUCAAGGAAGAGGUAGUUGAUGAGGAAUCAGAAAAUUUAACUGCCCACAGUAUUAUAGGUUUAAGUUAUGUUAAUGCCAGAGGAUCAGCAAAAACAAAGAUCAAUAGAGCUACACAUCAUGAAAUGUUACAGCGGAUAGAUGAUGAAAUAGGAUUUGAUAAUGUUAAUAACCACUAUCAGAAAAAUUGGUUCAGUGCAAGUCUGGAGCGUAUGAAUUUGGAAAAGAGAUCAAGAGAGGAAAGAAUAGAAAUAACAAGGCAUGAGUGCAGGCGGCAACUUCAUCAGAUAAUGAGAAGUAAUUUGGGACAUUCAAAUAAUUUGUCAGAUAUGUCGUUCACACGAAAAAAUUCUGUGAAAGAUUUAAAGCUUCAUCGAAACAGUUAUGACAAAUUAGUAGCCCCAAGAGUUUGUGAAAGUGAAAAUUGUUUUCAGUCUGCAUUACCAUGCACAAAACAUUGUACAUUACACAUAAUGUAUAAUCCAGAACAAGUAUUGUUUAGCUACUGUACAGCAAAAUUUGCUGAUAAUACCCAAUGUUCUGUCCCUGUAUUUGAUAUCACUCAUGAAUUACCUUUGUGUCCAGAACAUGCUAGAAAAAGGGAUAACUAUAAAUUAUAUCAAGAAGCCAAACCAAAGAAACUUCGGAAGAAAGUGAAACCUUCAGCUAUGAUCAGACCACAAAAACGUAAUAAGAAAAAGAAAAAGAUUGUUAAAAUUAUUGAAGGUGCCACUCCAAGUGCAAUAUUACCGAACCCUAUCAAAGAAAUAGAAGUCCAGGAAACAAUUGAAACAGAAUCUCCAGAACUUGUUGAAGAUAUGCACAUAGUAGAUCAAGUAUUGGGAUUCAAUGAAGCUGAUGGUUUGGAACACGAUUUAACAGCCCAAGCAUCUCAUAUAUUAGAGGAAACGGACAUCAGUACAGUUUUGAGCACUAUACAUGUAGAUGAAUUCAAUGAUUUCUUUGCGGUCAAUCGGAAUGGAGAAUUUGAACAACCCACUCGAGAGGAGGCUGAAGAAUUGGAGAAAGCCUUGGCGGAAGUAGAUAAUGAUGUAAAAUCACUGGAGAAAUUGAGCCAAACUCAUGGACUCUUGGACUCUUUCUUGGACGAACAACUCGUUCAUUUGCCGGACAUGUUUCACAGUGUUAACGGUUUUGCAUCGUGUGGAGACAGUAUGGUGGCACAAACUUCUUCGUAUCUCUUGCCUGUUGAACCUCAUUCUCAUUCUUAAUCAGAAUAUAUUUAAGGCGUCACCUCAAUAGUACAAUUGGUAACAAAGAAUUGUAACUGGUAUAUGGAUGGAUGUUGAUUGAUUAGGUAUAUGAAGUUUUCACAAUGAGUAAAUAUUUCAUCUUCGCAUAAAGUAGAUUGAAAAAUCAUCAGUCAGAAAAACUAAAUACAGCAGUAUUUAGUUUCUACAUAAUUAUAAGUAUUUACAUGACAAAAAUUCAGAAAUAACCAAAAGCACUGAAAUUCUAAUUUUAUUGUAGCGAGAAAGAAAGAGUAAAGAGUCUUAGAUUUGAAUGUUUUUUCAAUAUCGGAAUAAUAUUAUUUCAGUUGAAUAUGAAAUAAUGCAUGAAAUAUUUGCUUCAUUGAUUUUGAAAACAUGAGGUGGAUAUUUGUUUUCUUUUUUUUGGGAAAUUCAAUUUAUUCUGCUUGAAUUGGAAUAUUUUCAGUGAUAUUUGAAAAGCUUUCUUUUAUUAGUUCCUGAACCAAAUUGAAGAUUAAAUUUAAAUUAUCUGUCACUGUCAACAAGCUUUUCUUAUUUUAAUUUGAAAUUUUAUGUUAAUCUAAGCUUUAAUUUAGCAAAGACUGAAUAAAUUAUAUAAUUAGGUAAAAAAAUAGAUGAUAGAUGAAUAAAAAUGUUGAGGUAGUAAUAUACCAGUUACUGAAGAGAAUAGCAAUGCUCCUGAAAGCGAUAAAGAAUUGUUGAUUAGUAUCACGAUAUUUCUGAUAUUGAUGUUGAGAGUAAUUCUUAUUUUUUGAACUAGUUAAUAUUUUCAAUAUUACUUCUAUUAUUCCCAUUCUUGUUAAAUUACCUCACUGAGAUAGGUUCACUAUCAAAUGUAAAGCUCAAAUACAUAUUUCAUUGAGACAAUUGAAAAAAUUGAGAUUAAAAUUAUGAAAUAAAUAAAUAAAUUUCAUAAUUUUUAUGUUGCAAUGAUUGAAUGUUUAUUUACAAUUCAGUGGGUCUUUUCAAAUAUAAGUAUAUCAAUAUACAUUAUAUUAAAUCAUUAUGUAUAAUAUGAAUAAUCUCUUCUUGGAGUGUAAAGUGACAACUUGAACAUGCUCUGAAUCUUAUCAUUGUUAAUCACUGCCAUUGUAAAAAAAGUUUUUAUUCUAACAUGAUAAAUGAAAAAUAAUAGCCGAUUGAAGAGUUUUUGUAUGCAAUGAUUUUAGUAAAUUUGAAGGGGCUAUCCUACUUGUCAAUUGAACAUGAUGGUUUUUAGAUUAGUAAGAAGAGAUUGGAAAUAAUAUGAAAAUAUUAUUGUAAGGAUAUUGAAAAUUUACUAGUUCUUUAAAGAAUCAAUAUAUUCUUAAUCAAUUAUCAAUUGAAUUAUUUCUCGAAAAUUAUCAAUAUUUGGAGUACUGGUAAUAGUGAGUGUUGAAAUGAAUAAAUUUUCUACUAAGACGUGAUUGAUAGCUAGAUGUGUUGUGUUUGAAUCGAGGUUCUGUAAAAUUAAUGUAACUUUCCAUUAGAUGAAAUUGAAGAAUUGUGUGAGAAGCUGUAAUUUAUUUAUUUAUUCAAAGGACAUUUGGUGACAUUUAUAUUAUUUUUAUACAAAUCUAUGUUUAGUGUCCGAUCUUUCUUCGAAUUAUUAAAAAUUCAUUUAUUGCCUCAGACUAUUUGUCACAAUUAAUAAUAUUUUUUUAUAAUUCAAUGAAAUCAAGUUGAAUAUUCACAGUAGGUAAAAAUGAUAUUCUAGGUUUGCAAUGUGUGCCAGCGCAUAUUCCAGAAUUUAUUUAGUUCUUGAUUCUUUUUAUUAUUGCACAUUCUUGAUAAUUUUUUCAGCUUAGAUGAAUAUACAAACCAAUGAAUGAAUUUUUGAUAUAAAAAUGAAUGAUAACAUGUAGAAUUCAGGAUGAGGUAAAGUAAUUUAGUUUUUCAUUAUCUAAUUUUACUGUACAUAUUCUUAGAAUAUAAUGUUAAUAAAAAUUACCUUUUGAAAUAA